GCAAGUUGCAGCAGGAACUUCAAUAUAAUCUCCAAGAGCUGUAUUCAAGAACCGGUGCCCUACCAGCCCUACCUCACACCACAAUCUAUCAGAAGAGGAAAACACCGGCAAGAAUAUAGGACAAAGACUUACACGAUUAGUGACUUGAGUGCACGUGGCUAUCCAAAGACGGGCUCCAUAUAUCGGUGAGAUAGUUGCAUGGAAAAUCAUUGGAGCGCAGGCGUUAUUUCCAAGUUUAGUACCACGAGGAGACGUACAGCUGUUCAUUUCUUUUCUAGAUGAUUUAACAAAAGGGGUGUGACGAUUUUUAGGUUUAAACUAAGGGUCACUUUUACUGGACCAGACUUUUCAUAUACGCAUCAGGCUUUUAUCCGAAACUUACAGUGCAUUCAAGCUAUACAUUUAUUUUAAUCAGUAUGUGUGUUCCUUGGGGGUUCGAACUCAUGAUCUGUGCGUUGCUGGCUCAAUGCUUUGAGAUAUAAAAUGACUUUUCCUCCGCGCAUCAUCUUUAUAAGGCACAUGGAGAGCGCAAUGAAUGCAUCACCAAUGGCGUGACCACCCUGUUCGUUGUUUAUGCAAUGGAUGAUAAAUCCAACAAGCUCCUUUUAGUUCCCGUUUUAACCGUUUUAUUUGUCAUGAUCGGCUAUCAGUACAUCUGCCCGGCGGGUAGCACGUCGUGUCGUUUCGGGACCGGAGAGAGUUUCCCGUUAUCCAAACAUCCAGCGUUGGAGUCUCCUGACGGGUUUCGCUCCAAAUUCAACUUCACGCGCGAGGAUCUCGAGCGCCACGUGGAUUUUGACAUGAAGGGAGAAGACGUGAUCGUGUUCCUUCAUAUCCAGAAGACCGGAGGAACCACGUUCGGCAGACAUCUCGUGCGCAACAUCCGCCUGCAGCGACCGUGCGACUGCCGCACCGGACUGAAGAAAUGCUCGUGCCACCGGCCCGGUAAAGCGGACUCGUGGCUCUUCUCGCGCUUCUCAACGGGCUGGAGCUGCGGUCUGCACGCGGACUGGACGGAGCUCACGAACUGUGUACCUGCUGUCAUGAACAAAAAGCAGAAGAAAGACUCCAAACGACGGAAUUUCUACUACAUUACACUUCUGCGGGACCCUGUGUCACGUUACCUGAGCGAGUGGAAGCACGUGCAGCGAGGAGCCACGUGGAAGACGGCGCUGCACAUGUGUGACGGCCGUCCUCCCACUCCGGACGAGCUGCCGGCCUGCUACAGCAGCGAAGACUGGACCGGUGUGUCUUUACAGGAGUUCAUGGCCUGCCCGUCAAACCUCGCCAACAACCGUCAGACUCGCAUGUUGGCCGAUCUGAGCCUGGUGGGCUGCUACAACCUAUCUUCCAUGAGCGAGGAGCGUCGUGCCGAACUGCUCCUGAGCAGUGCCAAACGCAACCUCCGUCACAUGGCUUUUUUCGGCCUCACGGAGUUCCAGCGGAAGACACAGUUUCUGUUUGAGAGGACGUUCGGCUUACACUUCAUCUCUGCUUUUACUCAGAUCAACGGCACCCGGGCGGCCGGCGUCACGGUAGGGACGUCCACCAGGAGGCGCAUAGAGGAGCUGAACGCUCUGGACGUGCAGCUGUACGAGUACGCGCGGGAGCUUUUCUUGCGAAGGGUGCAGUACUGUCACCAGCAGGAGAGGCAGGAGGUGAGAGAGAGGAGACGAGAGCAACGCAGGAAAACGAAGGAGCAGAAACCGCCUCAGUUUACGAACCCGGGUGAAGGGGAAAGAGAAGAUGUGGAAGAGGAAAUCAAAACUGUCCGAGGUGUGACAGAAGAUUACAGUAGUAAGGUGGUGAGAUGGUGAGGCCAUCAUUCAGUGUUUGAAUUGUGUGAGGUCUUGGGUGGUUUAACAGAUCAAGUGAAAGUUUCCCAAAAUUUUUUCCUUAGGGGCCCCAAGUAUAUAUGACAAUCUGGGCCCCCCAACUCUCAACUGGUUGGGUUAUUCGCUUUUUGACGCAACGCUCGGUUGAAAAUAGCCCAGCAUUUUUAAAAGUCUAUAUAAUAUUGUUAUAUUGUUUUAUUUAUUGUUAAAAUGCUACAUUUUUAAGGGAUAAUAUUUAUUAAAUAAAUCUUCAAACUAACAUAUAGUUUAUCUUUAAUGAAUGCUUAAUGCCACAUAAUUAAAGCAACAUCCCACUGUUUUUCAAUAUUUUACUAUGUUCUU